CUCAAUUAUAGGCAUUACAACAUCACCAACAACUACCAAGCACUCGUUUUUUUAAUCAUAGGACAACCCCGAUGAACGAAAUCUGUGGUUUCUCGUCGUCUCGUCGUCGGCGACAAAGGAAAAAUCUACUGUGGAAUUCGAUAGCAGUUCUAAUUUCUGUUGGAUCGAUGGGCUCGACCUACGCAGAGGAUUUCGCGACGCAAUAUCCCACAACAGAGUCAACACGGUUUGAUGACGAUGACAACAGCUACGAUGAUAUAUUAUUUUUUGAUCUUCCUUCCAUGGCAAUAACACUCGAUGUUGAUACGGAAGAUAACGUCCUCAUUCCCUUCGAAGACAAGUUAACGGAAAGCAUUGAACACCAUCUCGAGCACUUCUAUCAAAAGAAACUUCUCACAUCAGAAAUUGGUAACCCAAAGUUCAUACAUGUUGACCUCGAGUCAAACCUUUUGUGGACAGAGGUCUCGAUGGCACCAAACAUGCGGCAAACGGACGAUGUUACCUUUGUCAAAAAGUAUCAGGUUCAAGGGAUUUUCAAUAGCAAAAUUAAGCUCCAAGUCGAACCUAUUGUAACGGAAGAGGGAGAGAAAGAAAAGCUUUCCUUGCUCAAUCAAGUGCUCAUGGAUUUAUUUUUCCUCGAAGCCUUCGAAGACGAUUAUCAAUGGGACUUGCUUCAUGGUUUUCUACUGGAGCCUCUUUUGCACGACAUAAUUAAUGUCGAAAUCAAUAUCAUGGACUCGGGUUUCGUACAUCCGCAUGAUGCAAACGGCAACCUUGUUUUUGAACAAGGUGGUGACGAUUUCUAUUCCAAAUCGAUUUUCUCCUUGCAAACCAAAGACGUUCAUUGGAUUAUGGUUGGCGUUAUUCUUGCCACAAGUUUUUUGGUUGGUCUGAUCGCACUGUGGAUCUGCUUGUGUAUUGCAACGAAAGGGGGAAAACGGCAUUACUGCUUCCGCUGGCUGCGAGGAAAGACUACGACCUAUUAUGACGACAAAAGUCUUGAGGGAAGUUCGGUAACGGGUAGUACAAGCUCGCACGACUCGGUAUCGGCGGAAUCGGAAGCCACCAGUCUGAGUUACAAUCUAGACGCAUGGGCCAAUGCCAUCACGAGCAUCACGCUCCGCAAUCCGGCGAGGAGAAAAAAGCGCGGAGCUAAAGUCGUCAAACGACCCUAUUUCCGUCCCAGUGACGAGCACUCGUCCGAUCUUAGUUGCAUAGCAGAAGGAGAUAACGAAAGCUGCACUUCCACUGUCAAGUCGGCCGGAACAUCCCGAAGCGAAAGGAGCCGAAGGAAAAGGCGAAACUCGAAAUCUUCCUGGAAGUCUUCGACAGCUUACGAUUUGCCAUCCUUGGAUUCUUCAUCCGUAUCGUCGGCAUUAUCAAGUGUGAUAUACGAAGAGGAGCCAGAAAAAGAAACAGCUGACAGCGACGAAAAUGCUAAUGGCAUCACUGAGGAUGAUGAUGGCACAAAACAAUCUGCUCCACUUUUGUCAGAACGAGGCCUGAUAAGGUUGAUGCCCAGCGACGACGAAGAUGAUAUUUUAAGAUGUGAUGUUUGAAACAUCGCAUCGACCAAAAAUCUAGGCCAACAAACAGCCACCGCAAUCUUUUCAAUAUGUAGAAAUAAUUCAAACUUGUAAUU